AUGGUUGGAAAAACGAAUAUGGAUGAAUUUGGGAUGGGUGGAAGUUCUGGUGGCAGUGCUGCUGUUGCUCUGGAAUGUGCUUCGCGUGGUUCUAUACGCCUGCCUGCUUCAUAUUGUGGUGUUAUAGGUUUCAAACCUUCAUAUGGUCAAUGCUCACAGUGGAGACUAGUUACGUAUGCUAGUUCAUUGGAUACUGUGGGUAUAAUAGCGCAAAAUGUUCUUGAUGCACAACUCAUUGAUCCGAUACAAAACUUAUGCCAACAAGGAAUUUCUCUUCUUCGUUCUCAUGGUGCAACAAUUGUGUCUGUAUCUUGUCCUAGCACCAAAUAUGCAUUGCCUGCUUAUUACAUAUUAGCCCCAGCAGAAGCUUCAUCCAAUUCGAUAUGUGAUAUGGAUUCUACUCGAGAAGAUGAACUACACGAAACGAAGGAUGGUGAUAAUAGUUUUGCGAAUGCUUAUGUAAAUGACGUUUUUACUAUACCUGCAAAUUUGGCCGCCUUAUGCAAAGAAUUAUUAUGA